CUAUAUUUCUAUAAGAUUUGCAUUAAAGUUUUGAAUAAUAAAAUGUCAUUCAAAAUAGGAUCAUGCUCUACUGGAGUAACCAGUUUGAUUCCAACAAAAUUAGUGCAAAGCUACACAGGUACGGUACCUCAUAGAUAAAAAAUACUACCCCUACUAGGCUAUACGUUUUAAAUACUUGUCCUUCUAAAGAUUUUAGAUUUCUAUUAGUUUACAGCUAAACUUGAAUUAAUAGGUUCUUGUUACUCUUGGUAUCUAUCUUCUUUUUCUGCAGUAAAAAAAAUUUGAAGUUGCAAAAAUCUUAGAUCUGUCUUGCAAAGUAUACCGUUCCAAGCAGAUACUUUGUUACCCGUAUCAGCAUGUAUGCAUUGUCAAGCAAAAAGGUUCAAUCAUGAGCCUAAAGGAUUUUGCUGUUCUGAUGGAUAGAUUUGCUUGGUCUCCAAUGGUGUUCCUGAUGAUCUCUAUAGCCUGUUCACUUCUAAUUCAGAAGAAUCAAUAGAGUUUCUCAAAUAUAUUCGUACCUACAAUAACACAUUUGCAUGCACAUCCUUUGGUGUCAAAUAUGACCAAAAUUUUUGUAAAAGAAACAAGGGCAUACACAGAUUUAGGGUUCAAGGCCAAGUGUACCAUUAUAUAAAUGACUUACUGCCAUUAGAUGAUCAUCCUUCAUACUUGCAAUUGUAUUUCUAUGAUACUGAACAUGAAGUACAAAACAGGCUAUAUAAUUCAGAUCGACUAAACCCAUCCAUUUUGACCCAAAUAAUAGAUAUAUUAAAAGUAAAUCCAUAUUGUGCAUUCUUUCAUUCUCUUAAGAAUAUACCAACUUUGAAAGAUCUCCGUAUUCAUAUAAUAUCAGAUGCUGCAUUAGACCAACGUGUCUAUAAUACUCCUUCAGCUUCACAAGUAGCUGCAAUAUGGGUCGAAGAUUAUAGUUCAAGAGACUAUAGUAGUCGGGACAUUAUUGUUUAUAGUCAUUCUGGGAGUAGUCAUAGGGUACAAUACUACUUUGGUUGUUAUGACCCUUUACAAUAUCCUUUGUUAUUCCCCUAUGGAGAUACUGGUUGGCAUCAAGGAAUACAAAGAGUUGAAAAGGGAAAGAAAUAUUUGCCUUCUAAAGUUGAAGUACUAAUUAAUCCAUGUGAAUCAAGCUCUGCCACAGAACUAAUUAACAAGGAAAUGAAAAGUAAACAUUAUCUUAAAUAUUAGUGUUGUUGCUUAUAACGUAACAUAUAGGAUUAUUUAGCUUCUAACAUUAUGCCACUAUAUUUUCAGUACUAGAGAAGAAGAAGAAAAGAGGCGUGGUCUCAUGCCGUGAAUAUUAUUGCUAUAAAUUACAAAUAAGAGUUUUUAUAAGAUCAAUCUUAUUGCAUUCAGGAUGCGCAAACUAUAUAACUCUAUUAAAGACAUUAAUCCAAAAACUAGAAAUUGGAAAGUGAAGGUUGUUGUUGCUGAAAAGACAAUGACACGUACAUCAAUGCAAAGCCCAACCAAAUAUAUGAGGCUCAUAUUGGCUGAUAGCCAGGGAAACAAAGUACAAGUUGUUAUCUUCAAUCAACGUGAGAUUGACAUGUUUGACCAUUUGCUACACAUAAUAAGGACAUACUACAUCCAUAAUGCAAUCGUCAAACCAAUCAAACCAGAGCAUCGAAUUGUUGAUAAUGUUUAUCAAUGGACGAUCAAUGCAACUACGUUAAUUGAAGAGAUAUCAAAUGAUGAUUCAUCACUUUCUGCACCUUCCUUUAGCUUUGUUCCUUUUGUCGAGCUUCAUAAACAUAUGGAUUACUCUGCACUUGUCGAUGUUAUUGCUGUUGCAAUUGAUGUGUGCCCAGCUCGACAACUACAAACUAGAAAUGGCUCAUCAACAAUCCAGGAAGUCAUUCUAAUUGACCAAUUGCUGAAACCAAUAAUUCUGACAAUGUGGGAUCAAUUUGUUACCAAUGAAUCAGCUGCCAUUGCACAGAUUAUCACUACCAGACCUGUUAUUAUGGCAAUCAGAUUAAAAGUUGUUUCCCACAAUGGUAAACUCUUUUCAAAAAAGAACAAAAUAUUGGCUUAGUAGUUGCUUAUUACCCUAACAUUUUUAUCUAUCAUAGGUUUGUCUCUCUCAACAAGAUCAUCAAGUUUCUUCAUCAUUGAUCCACGCAUUCCUGAAGCAACUGCAUUACAAACCUGGGCUACUGAAAAGGAAAAGCAGCUAAAUGAGAUAAUCACUGAAAAGCAUUAUCUCACAGCUUCAUCAAGCUCCCUGGCACCAACAAUAGAAAAUACUACCGAGAUUGCUUUAAUAGCAACUUUGGUUCAAACGCGAUCCAACUUUUGGAUAAAUGCAACAAUAUCCAUUACAAAGUUAGACCAACAUUUUUGGUACAUGGCUUGCAAUAAGUGUCACAAAGCCACUGGUGUAGACUAUAAUGAACAAUUUUCAUGCUUAUAUUGCAAGGAAAAGGCUGUUGCAAAUCCACGGUAUGUACACUACUAAAAACCCCGUUUGUAACACUAAUGAUAUGGAUAAAAAAAAUCAGUUAAUCUUAAAUUUAUAUUUGUAUACAAUUGAUUAUUAAUUUUGUUGUCCAACUUCUAGAUGCCGACUGGAAGUUAAGUUGGAUGAUACAACUGGACAUUUAAUGGCAACUCUAUUUGGAGA